AUGCUUGUGCUAGGGGGUGUGUUGGUGGUUGUGUGUGUAAGGACAAGAGAGAGAAAGAGAGCGAGAGAGAAAAGCUGUAGGGACUCCCUUCUCAUCCACACUGUGGUCAGAAUAUCUUAGACUGACAGAUCCAUAGGGGGAACUUGGUCACACGACCGGACCGCCCGGGCUUCCAAUAUGUUUUCUCCACUGCUUGCUGCGUUUGGGACCCUGAGCGCAUCGGAUACGUUGUUUGGUUUAAUUCUAAAGAUCGUCGCUCUUUAUUUGUCUCUCUCUUGCGUUGCGCAUCAAUGUAGCUGCCCAGUGGGUCAUCGGGGAAAGUUCGGCGACCGGCUGAAAGCUGAACCCGCCAGUAAGCACGGAGAAACUGACUGCAGCUUUACCUGAAGAGAAGGAAAUGGAGAACCCGGCUAAGUAUCUCUCUGCGGUUCAGGGCAUCGACUCCAUCCCGGCGCCCAUCGGAGAGAUCAUGUGGAACAGUACUGAAACGGAGGCGACGGCCGACGGGGGGAAGGACAUGGUGGUGCGGACGGUGACGGGCUGCCUGCUGUCCCUGCUCAUCCUGUGGACUCUGUUGGGUAACAUCUUGGUGUGCUCUGCGGUGCUGCGCUUUCGGCACCUGCGGAGCAAAGUCACCAAUAUCUUCAUAGUCUCUCUAGCUCUGUCGGAUUUAUUCGUGGCUGUGCUGGUGAUGCCUUGGAAAGCUGUGGCAGAGGUGGCAGGCUACUGGCCCUUUGGCACUUUUUGCAACGUCUGGGUCGCUUUUGACAUAAUGUGCUCCACCGCAUCAAUCCUCAACCUCUGCAUCAUCAGCGUGGAUAGGUACUGGGCAAUCUCCAGCCCCUUUCGCUACGAGAGAAAAAUGACCCAGCGAGUCGCCUUUGUGAUGAUCAGCCUCACCUGGACGCUGUCUGUACUCAUUUCAUUCAUACCGGUCCAGCUGAACUGGCAUAAAGCCAGUUCUGACGCGUCAGCCGGAGCGCACAACUCCUCCAUAACUCUGCAACUGGAGGAAAACUGCGACUCCAGCCUGAGCAGAGAAUACGCGAUCUCCUCAUCUCUCAUAAGUUUCUAUAUUCCCGUGGCGAUCAUGAUUGUAACAUACACCAGGAUAUAUCGAAUUGCUCAGAUCCAGAUCAGACGGAUAGCUUCCCUGGAGAGGGCUGCGGAACACGCGCAAAGCUGCAGGACCAACAGAAUAGAGUGCCAACAUCAUAACACGCUGAAAACUUCAAUUAAACGGGAAACCAAAGUGUUUAAAACUCUCUCCAUAAUCAUGGGCGUAUUUGUGUGCUGUUGGUUACCCUUCUUCAUAUUAAACUGUAUGGUCCCGUUCUGCAACAGGCCGGCUGCGGACCGGCACGCGGGCCUGCCGUGCGUCAGCGAGACGACCUUUGACGUUUUCGUGUGGUUCGGCUGGGCCAACUCUUCCCUCAACCCCAUCAUCUACGCCUUUAAUAAUGAGUUCAGGAAGGCCUUCGCCAGCCUGCUGGGCUGUCGCUACUUCUGCUCCAGCACACCCGUAGAGACCGUGAACAUCAGCAACGAACUGGUCUCCUAUAACCAGGACACGAUCCUCCACAAAGAGAUCGCCAACGCAUACGUCAACAUGAUCCCAAACGUGGUUGAAUGUAUUGAGCAUGAAGAGACCUUCGACAGGAUCUCACAGUUUUCUCACAACAACGACAAUGCCACUGACUCUGUGUGCGACUUGGAGGACUGUGAGGCGGACAUCAGUCUGGACAGGUUGUCUCCAUUCACCCCUAACGGAUUACACUGACUCCACCGGGUGCGUCACUGGGUGUAGCAAUGAUCCUCAGAGCCGACCCAAAGUUGUACAGGGCCAUGGGCAUAAUUUGAUAGAGAGGCCUCCUUCUAGCUGAGCUCAGUGUUCAUCACCAAAGCACCGCAUCUUUGUUAUAUUGUCCGUUCUCUAUCAUAUUUGCAUUUUGCACCCUAUUGCAAUGAUUGUAAAGCGAACAACUUAUCUGCAACAAACAAUCUUAAAAAAUCUAUAAAGGGAUAGUUUGGAUUUGAUUUUGCGGUUACUCUUUACAUUAAAAACGGAUUACAUUUAAAUGGAUAGUUAGAGCAGGGCCAAGAGUAUCAUAGGACUUUACUAUGAACUAUAAACCUUCAAACUUUGCUAAUGUUUGCUUUAAAUGGUUAUUAAGGCAAAUUUCACUAGAAAAUUUCUGUUAUUUGUUGCUCUUUAUGUGAAUCACAUUCCAGAACAGAUUUUGCACAGCCCGUAUGGUCAUAGUGACUUAAGUGCCUUGCAAAAGUCCUCAAACCCUUAAGUUUUUGUUUGAUUUUCUCUUGUUACAGACAUACAUGCAUUUUAUUUAUUUCUUAUUUAAUUGACCAACACAAAACUAAAAUGAAAAAAAAAAUCAUGCAGAAGACACCUAUAUGAUAAAAAUAAUCCUUUUAUUUGUAAUUUAAUCUCUGUAUAAAUUCUGGUUUUCUGUGAAGGCUUUGAAUGUUUUUUAGAGAACACUACUAAAUAGGCCCCAAUAUGGAGCAAAUAAGCUCAACUGUCUAAGAAGGUAUACUUUUGUGGUAAAGUAGGGUUUGAUUUCAAAAAAUCAUGCUCAAGAUUUAGAAAAGGUAUGGUAGAGCUGCACACCCACCUAAAUAAGGAAUCUGCAACUAGUUGCUUUGGUGCCACAUGAUUUUCAGUCUAUAUAGUGGUUCUAAAUAAGCUUUACCCAAGAUUUUACAGAAAUAAGUAGUAAGGUUUUGAAAUGUAAGUAUAAUGGGAAAAACUAGUCUUGGUAUUUCCAGAAACCUUUUCUAUCCUGCAUCUGCAUAGAAUGUUCGCAGCAGAAUUACAUUAAAGCAAUACAAAGACGUAACUUUAUUUCGUUUUUACAUGUCAUUUAGCUGAAACCCAUGUUCUUAAAGUCUUAAAAAUGUUAAAAAUGCAUUUUUUGUCUGAAAAACAUACUUCUUUUAGUCAUACUCAAAGAAAGUAUAAGAACAUAUUUUUAUAAAACUAAAAAUUAUGUAUUUUAACAAAAAAACAACGAUGUUUGACAACUCUAGAAAAAUUCAGUAGUUGGAAAGAAGACAAAAUUAUUACGUAAGCAUACCUGUUGCCUAAACUAAAUUUCACAGGCAAGGCAUGGAUAGCAUUAAUCAGAAAAUCCCCCUGUAGGCUCAAAGGCUACAAACUUCAGACCUAAAUCCAACUGAGAAUCAGUUGUUAGACAUGAUGGUUUAAAUUAAUUGAUAAUCUCCCUCCAUACUCACAGAGGUUGAGCUAUUUUACUAUUCUAAGAAGGGCUGAAAAAAUAUCUUCUCCCAGAUGUUCAAAACUGGUAGAGAUCCCAAAAAACUUGAGCCUGGAGCUAAUAAAAGGUCAGUCUACUCAGAAUUGAUCAAGGGAUCCUGAAUUCAAUUUCCGACAUCUGCUCAUGUUGGAUUUUGAUUUAUAGGAAAACGAUUACCAGUCAACCCUUUCCUACCACUUAAAAUAUUAAAAUGGUCUAUCAAAUACAUUCCCAAUAAAUUACGUGGAAGUUUGUGGUUUUGAACAGACAAAAUGUGAAAAAAAUUAAGGGGUAUGUAUACUUUUGCAAGGACUUAAUAUCCUGGAAAAACAAGGUAGUGUAAUCUUUUCAACAACUGUUAACUUGUCCUAUGGUCAUAUGUGUUGUUGGGAACCCCAAGGCCAGCAGGGAUGCAGCUAAGCCUUUAGAUUUGCUGCCUUGGGCUGUCUCUGAUAGUUCCACUUUCAUUUGUUUAGCCAGAUGCCCCUCUCCAUGGGGCAGGGCACAGAACAGGUAUUCCCUGAGCUACUGAGCAAAAAGGUUUAGUGGUGGUGGGGGUCUGUUUAACUUCCAAUAGACACAAGAGACCUCCCUGCUACAGCUUUACAUCAUAUAUAAAACGUGAUGUUGUCCUGUUCUGAAAAAAUAUGUGAUGUGUAGAUGUUUAUUUACUUGACAUUUAAAGUCCGUGUUCCUUUGUCUAAAGGUUCGGUGUUGCUCAAACUGUUGCUAAAUGCUUUACUUGGAGCACAAGUGUUUAUUAAUGUCUGUCUACUCUGAGUAUUUAUGGAGGAGACUUUCUGCCUCUUAAUUAACCAUAAAGUGUACCCAGUGCCCACCUUUCCAUUGAGUGUGAAAACUGAGGGCAGCCUUACAGACAUGUUGAUUAAAACAGUCCAAUGCAGUCAGCUUUCAGCGCCUUACAGCCUGGUGAACAAAGAGAUUUGAGACAUGCAAGGAAUGUGUGCUGAAGAGUUUAAGUUACAUGAUGCCAAAAUGCAUUAUUUAAGUGUUUCACCGCACCAACUUUCCAGCUGAUUCUUUACCACAUGUGUUGUGGACACUUUGAUCUAAGCUACCACAGGCUUUUUGAUAGAAAAGAAAAAGCACAUAUAUGAGGGAUCUAUAAAGGCAACCUGUUUGUACUGGAAUCGUAUUCCACUUCUUAUAAUUAGAAAUCACUUUAUCUUUUUUUAAAUCAAAAAACAUUUUCAAUUGUCUUUUAUUAAAAAAAAAAAGGCCAAAUUUCAGCUGUGUGAGCCAAACUCAACUCUAGAUAGAAAAAAAAAAAAAAUCAGCCCCACAUAGCUGAGAUAACAAAACUGGAUGUCAAGUCAUCUCUUCCACAUGGUUGUACUGUGAAGAUGACCUGAUCUGAAUGUACUUAUUUACUGUCUUUUUCAAUGGUGAAGUGUGUCAUAAUUUGUCUAAUAAAAGGCUGUCAUGCAGAGAGGA